CAUCCUUACUAUGCGGGUUGACUGCAUGGGCUGGAGAACGGGUAAAGUGAACGAUGGCCUCCCCGCCGCAGCAGCCGGGGCCGUGGCUACCCGAGCCGCCGCUGGUGAACGUGGGGCCCUGGGGCAAGUCGCCCCGCGCAAGGUCUGGCCGGGUGUACGAGGUGGCCAUCGGGCCCCGCCGUUGGGCGCGCGGGGCCGGCGGCGGCUCGCUUUUCGCUCCGCCACCCGCCGGUGGUGCCCGCGCGUCUCCCCGUCUGGUCAGCACCGCCCGGGCCCUGGCGGUGCGCAGCCUGUGCGCCACGCCGGCGGCGGGCGCGUCCUCUACGCAGAGCUCGCGGACCAGCGGCUGCACCACGCCCGCGGCAGGCG